GUUUUAUAAUGACAUUUCACACUAUAGAUUACAGCUGAAGUGUGGUGCUGUGUUCAAUAAAAUUUUGGAAAUAAAAUUUAUAAUCAUCCAUCCUUGUAACAUCUUUCAAACAGCCUUCACAAUCGAGUGUUCACUUUUCUGUGAUAAUUUUAAUCCGUUAAAACCUUGUAAGAAAACUAUAAUGCCUGACACAUUCACGUGUAUCACUUGCCAGGUGCUAUUCAAGUCUGCUGAUUUACAACGAGAACAUUAUAAACUAGAUUGGCACAGGUACAAUUUGAAGAGAAAAGUCGCAGGUAUUCCUCCAGUGACAUUAGAAGAAUUUGAAUUGCGGGCAAAGGAACAUAGGGAACAAGUUCAAAAUGAGAAUUGCGACGAAUCUGUCUAUUGUAAAUGUUGCUCGAAAUUGUUCAAUACGAAAAAUGCGUAUAAUAAUCACUUGAACAGCAAGAAGCACAAACAAGCUGAACAGAAUUAUGUUCCCAACGAAAAACCAAGUCAAAGAAAGGAAGAGGAGGAGAGUCAAUCUGAUUCAAAUAGUUUCGAAAAAAUUGAAGCCAACAAGUCCCCCUUGCAGCGAGAAAAAUUUGUUGUUGUUAAAGAUGUUGAUGGCUCUGAUUAUGAAGACAUUGAAACAGACUCAGAAAUUGAAGAGCUUGAUUCUGAUGAGUGGGAAGAAUGUAGAAUAAAAGGCAGUGAUUCACUUAUAAAACCCCGUGAUUGUUUGUUUUGUGGCCAUCACAGUAAAAAUAUGGUCAAAAAUCUGAAACACAUGUCAAUUACACAUUCCUUUUUUAUACCAGAUGUUGAAUAUUGCACGGACAUAAAAGGGCUGCUUUUGUAUCUCGGCGAAAAAAUUUCUCAAGGAUUCAUGUGCUUAUGGUGCAAUGAAGCAGGCAGGACAUUUUACUCUAUGGAGGCUGCUCAGGCACAUAUGCUUGAUAAGGGACAUUGUAAAAUGUUACACGAGGGAAUUGCUUUAGCUGAAUAUUCUGAUUAUUAUGACUAUAGUGCAUCUUACCCUGAUCAUGAUGAAGGUGAUGAAGAUAUGGAGGUAGAUGAGCCAACAGAGGAUCCAACCAUGCUAGAUGGUGAAAAUUUCCAACUGGUGUUGCCAUCUGGAGUUGUUAUUGGGCAUAGGUCCUUGUUGAGGUAUUAUAAACAAAAUGUGCCUCAAUCUACCCAAGUAGUGGUGAAAAAGUCUCAACGAAAACUUCACCAUUUGUUGGGUGUUUACCGCGCGUUAGGAUGGGCGCCUAAAGAGCAGGCGGCAGCUGCAAAGAAAGCUCGUGACAUUCAUUUCAUGAAGCGGGUGCAGGCCAAGUGGCAAAUGAAGAUGUCUAUGAAGAAUAACAAGUUCCAAAAACAUUACCGACCUCAAGUCAACUUCUAGAAGAAUCUAGAAAUGUUCCUUGCAUUUUAUCUUAAUAUGUACAUGUCAGGUCAUAGUCGUCAUCCUUAUCAAAGAAAAGGAUUUCUUUAAAGCAAAAAGAUAAUAUAAAAAUCAAAUUAGUAAUAGAGGAAUGUUACGAUAUUAUAACAUUAUUAUUUUUUCGACCAGAUUAUAUCUUAAAGAUUACACAAUUAGUGAUAGAUCUUGCAGAACAUUCUUAUUUCCAGGUUCCUACAAAGUCAUUUGACAAAGGUCUGAAAUAUGAAUUUAUGAACUUUUUUUUUAUUAGUUUUUAUUUCAUUUUUAUAUUAUUUUCAAUUGGAUCAAUAUGUAGAUUUUUAGUUUGUGGAUGAUAAAUAACAACAUUGUAAUUUUAUUGGUUCUUAUGACUGGCGUAAUAUGUUUGUCCUUAAGUAGUUACUCUUGUUAUAAAAUGCUUAAAUAUUCUCUGUGGUGUCCACAGACAUACAAAUUGUGAAUAAUGCCUUGCACAAACAAACCUCAACUUUGAAUUAAAAAAAAAGAAAUUUAAACAUUUGUAAUCGAUGUUUGAUUGUUGACACUUUUUUCCUUAACACUUAGGUCAUAUAAAUUGAAAAUGGAAGGGACAGAACUGAAAACCUCAAUUCAUUUUUGUUAGGGUAUUAAAUUGUCUGCUUCUAUUUCUGUUAAUUUUACAGAUUUCUAUGCAUUUUAUAGUCGCAUGGCAGUAUAACAAGUACACAGAAACAAUGAAUUCCAUAUAUGUACAACGCAAAUUGUAAAUAAGCAAUAAAAAAUACAAUGAAA